AUGCCAUGGCAAGAGGAAAUUAUAGAUAUAAUUUCUGAAGAACCAGAUGACCAUGCUGUCAUCUGGAUUUAUGGUCCUCAAGGUGGCGAAGGCAAAUCCACAUUUGCCAAGCAUUUAGUGGCUAAAUAUGGAGCAUUCAUAUUUAAUGGUGGAAGAAACGAAGAUAUAAUAUUUGUAUAUGAUUAUGAGAGGAUAGUUAUAAUGGACGCAGCGAGAUGCCAAGAUAUCAGAUAUGAUAUCAUCGAGCACUUUAAGGAUGACGUCCUGUUCAAUCGGAAGUAUAAGAGUCAUGUUAUGUAUUUAACACCAGUUCAUGGCUACUACGCCGUUAGGCACGUUACUUCAGGCCGUCAGGCAUGUGUCAUCCUUACAUCUGUUCCCCGCUAA